AUGUGUGUUUCUCUGUUAACCCUUGAGGGGUGCUGUCUGUGUGUUGCAGGUGAUGGGAACCCCAAGGAGAGCAGUCCCUUCAUCAACAGCAGCAGUGCCAGUGAUGUGGAGAAGAGCCAGCAGUAUGAUGGCAAGAACAUGGCCCUGUUUGAGGUCUGUAACACAAGGCUCCUUCACUUGCUUACCUAUGGGGCGGCGCACAAUUGGCCCAGCGUCGUCCAGGGUAGGGAAGGGAAUGGCCGGCAGGGAUGUUGGUAGAGCAUGGCGUUUGCAACACCAGGGUUGUGAGUUUGUUUCCCACGGUGGGCCAGUAUGAAAAAUAUAAAAAUAAUGUAUGCACUCACUAACUGUAAGUCACUCUGGAUAAGAGCGUCUGCUAAAUGACGUAAAUGUAAAUAAUUAUACUAUAAUUACAUGGUAAUGAUCUAGUAAUUAUCUAAUUGCUUUGUUCCAUUGGUUUCGAUGAAACAAGCACAAAGCCUUGCUUACUUACUUACCAUCUGACAGCAGGUGGGUUGAAUUCUUUGAAAUAAGUACUGGCUUAAUCAUAUAGUUUCUCAGUUGUCAAUAUCAGCUGAGAGGACUGUAAAAUUAAAUAAUACCUGCAUGUUUCCUACUGUGUUUUGUCCUCUGGUAUACUGAUAUGGUGUGUCUGUCCACCUGUCCCUCUGUCCUGCAGGAGGAGAUGGACAACAGUCCUAUGGUUUCAUCCAUACUUAGCAGUCUGGCCAACUACUCCAACCUGCCUCAGGGCAGCAAAGAGCACGAGGAGGCCGAGAACGAGGAGGGGGCGGCGCCAUCCAAAAAAAAACCUGCUGUCAAGGUACUCCAUCUAAUCUAAACUAAAGUCUGGUCCUAAACAUAAACAUUAGCUGAAGUUUGACUUGAUCUGAGGUGGCAGAGUGUGUCCCUCCCAUCCUCCACCUGGACGAACAGGGGGCCUGGAAAGGACGUUAUUGAUGACGCUGUCGGCCAUGUUUAGGCCUGGACUUUAUUGAUGGCCAUGCGCGCUAUCCUUUUCCUUCCCCGUCGCUACACAGCCGUUUGGUAAUUUAUCGGGCCUGAGCAGGGCAGGUUGACGUUUAUUGUCAUGAGUCUUGUCCUGGAGGCAGAACUGAGCGAUUUCCCCUUAGAAAGGCCAGGUGCAAAUUCAAAAUUGGCUAUAUUGUAAGAAUUCAUUAUUAGCUCUUUGGCCUUAAUUAAAGAUUAAGGUUAGGCAUUAUGGUUAUCAGUGUGGUUAAGGUUAGGGUUAUGACUUUGUGGCUGUGCCAGCUAGUGAGCUGCAUCCAGAACAAGAUUAAUGACGAUAAAUGCUAACCUGCCUGAGUAGGGACACAUUAGGCCUGUUAUCCAACACAUGUGCAGUGGGGCAUAACCCUGAUACAACAAGCUGCUCUCUCGGCCUGUCUUGUUACCCUGAUACAACAAGCUGCUCUCUCGGCCUGUCUUGUUACCCUGAUACAACAAGCUGCUCUCUCAGCCUGUCUUGUUACCCUGAAACAACAAGCUGCUCUCUCUGCCUGUCUUGUUACCCUGAUACAACAAGCUGCUCUCUCGGCCUGUCUUGUUACCCUGAUACAACAAGCUGCUCUCUCGGCCUGUCUUGUUACCCUGAUACAACAAGCUGCUCUCUCGGCCUGUCUUGUUACCCUGAUACAACAGGCUGCUCUCUCGGCCUGUCUUGUUACCCUGAUACAACAAGCUGCUCUCUCGGCCUGUCUUGUUACCCUGAUACAACAAGCUGCUCUCUCAGCCUGUCUUGUUACCCUGAAACAACAAGCUGCUCUCUCUGCCUGUCUUGUUACCCUGAUACAACAAGCUGCUCUCUCGGCCUGUCUUGUUACCCUGAUACAACAAGCUGCUCUCUCGGCCUGUCUUGUUACCCUGAUACAACAAGCUGCUCUCUCGGCCUGUCUUGUUACCCUGAUACAACAAGCUGCUCUCUCUGCCUGUCUUGUUACCCUGAUACAACAAGCUGCUCUCUCAGCCUGUCUUGUUACCCUGAUACAACAAGCUGCUCUCUCUGCCUGUCUUGUUACCCUGAUACAACAAGCUGCUCUCUCAGCCUGUCUUGUUACCCUGAUACAACAAGCUGCUCUCUCUGCCUGUCUUGUUACCCUGAUACAACAAGCUGCUCUCUCGGCCUGUCUUGUUACCCUGAUACAACAAGCUGCUCUCUCGGCCUGUCUUGUUACCCUGAUACAACAAGCUGCUCUCUCAGCCUGUCUUGUUACCCUGAUACAACAAGCUGCUCUCUCUGCCUGUCUUGUUACCCUGAUACAACAAGCUGCUCUCUCGGCCUGUCUUGUUACCCUGAUACAACAAGCUGCUCUCUCGGCCUGUCUUGUUACCCUGAUACAAAUCAAAUCAAAUUGUAUUUGCCACAUGCUUCGUAAACAACAGGUGUAGACUAACAGUGAAAUGCUUAUUUACUUCCCAACAAUGCAGAGAGAAAAAAUAGAAAUAAUAGAAAAAUAGACAGAUAAUAACACCAGGAAUAAAUACAAAAUGAGUAAGGAUAACUUGAAUGUAUACACGGGGACCAGUACCAAGUCCAUGUGCAGGGGUACGAGGUCAUUGAGGUAGAUAUGUACAUAUAGGUAGGGAUAAAGUGACUAGGCAACAGGAUAGAUAAUAAACUUUAACAGCAGCAUAUGUGAUGAGUCAAAAGAGUUAAUGCAUAUAGUCCUGGUAGCUAUUGGUUAACUAUUUAACUAACUAUUUAGGAGUCUUAUGGCUUGGGUGUCCCGUGUUGCUCAGUUGGUAGAGCCUGGCGUUUGCAACACCAGGGUUGUAGGUUCGAUUCCCAUGGGGAAAAAGCAUGAAAAUGUAUGUACUCACUAACUGUAAGUCGCUCUGGAUAAGAGCGUCUGCUAAAUGACUAAAAUGUAAAAUGUGUAGAAACUGUUCAGGGUCCUGUUGGUUCCAGACUUGGUGCAUUGGUACCACUUGCCAUGCGGUAGCAGAGAGAACGGUCUAUGACUUGGGUGGCUGGAGUCUUUGACAAUUUUUAGGGCCUUCCUCUGACACCACCUGAUAUAGCAACCUGGUCUCAGAGCACUUCGUACUAUUCUGUACGUAAAUACUCCAUUUAGUAUUAUAUGUUAUGUAUAUACAGUUGAAGUCGGAAGUUUACAUACACCUUAGCCAAAUACAUUUAAACUCAGUUUCACAAUUCCUGACAUUUAAUCCUAGUAAAAAUUACCUGUCUUAGGUCAUUUAGGAUCACCACUUUAUUUUAAGAAUGUGAAAUGUCAGAAUAAUAGUAGAGACAUUUUUUUAUUUAAGCUUUUAUUCCUUUCAUCACAUUCCCAUUGGGUCAGAAGUUUACAUACACUCAAUUAGUAUUUGGUUGCGUUGCCUUUAAAUUCUUUAACUUGGGUCAAACGUUUCAGAUUGUUUCCCCCUGGAAAAAUUACUUGUGUCAUGCACAAAGUAGAUGUCCUAACCGACUUGGCAAAACUAUAGUUUGUUAACAAGAAAUGUGUGGAGUGGUUGAAAAACGAGUUUUAAUGACUCCAACCUAAGUGUAUGUAAACUUCAGACUUCAACUGUACGUAUGCAUGGUAUAUAUUAAUUGGUGGAUGUCCAUCACACAUUUUGUACUGUCGUAUCGGGUGAAUGGUGGCAAUUAUUGCUGAUAAACAAAGGAGUCCGCUCAUACUGAACUUUGAUCAUAAGGUUUAUUCAGAUCACAAGCUUUCAGCAUAAGUUACAGGUGACAUGCCCACCCGGAGAGCGACGCCUCAGAAUGGCCGCUCUGCCUUCUUCUUCGUUUAGCCCCUACUUAUAAACAAUGCAAAAAGAUGCUCCCUCUUCUGGCCAAUCACCAGUCUCCCCUGUCUACAACACACUUCCUGUCUGUUGUAUGUGGCGUUACACUAAAACAUUCCCUCUUGAUACUAAAAUUAACGUCCUCUCUGGUUCCACUUAAAACAUUUAACAAAGGCAUAAUCCUAAUACACGACAGUACGAUAUGUUACGAAUUACAAUUCAUAUUAUAUGUUACGAAUCUGCGAAACAUUUAAUAUGUUACAAAUUCUAGCUAGGUGGCUAAUGUUAGUUAGCUGGCUAACGCUAGCUAGGCUAUGGGUUAGGGUUAGGGGUUAAGGUUAGGGUUAAAUUUAUGAGUUAGGUUAAAUGGUUAAGGUUAGGUUUAGGGUAAGGGGAAGGGUUAGCUAAAAGGUUUAAGGUUAGGGUUAGCCAAAAGGGUUAAGGUUAGGGUUAAGGGAAGGGUUCGCUAACAUGCUAAGUAAUUGCAAAGUAGCAGAAAAUUAGCUGAAAUGUUGUCCGUGAUGAGAUUCAAACUCGCAACCUUCGAGUUGCCAGACGUUUGCAUUAUAUGCAAACCCAUCCAUCCUGACCAACCACCUUACUUUUGUUUUUGCCUUAAGUAACCAUCUGUCUUAUGUAACCAUACCAAACGUAACAUAUCAUACAGGCUGUGUAUAGAGGUCCUGGAUGGCAGGGAGCUCUACCGCAGUGAUGUACUGGGUCGUACGCACUACCCUCUGUAGCGCCUUGCGGUCGGAUGCCAAGCAGUUGCCAUAUACAACAAGCGGCUCUCACAUUCUGUCGUAACCCAGAUACCACAAGCUGCUCUCUCGGAUUGUCUUGUUACCCUGGUCUGAGGCAGGUUACUGCAUCAUUCCCCUCCACUCUUUUUGUUGUUAUCCACAUCUUCAAUUGACAGCUUCCUCCAGACAAGAGGCCAAAAGAGGCUGAUAUGAGAUAAUUCUAAACAGGAAGUAGAUAUGAACCUGAGACGAUGGGAUAAUGUUUAAUGACAGGCUACUUUUUACAAUUGAAGGAUGAUUGAUGCAUCAAAAUGUGCAUUUAUUUGGCCAUUUGUAGUUUAGCACUUGAGGCUUCAUACAACAGGUAGAGUUAUUGUGUAUUGUGAACUUCAGUAGUGUUCUCUACAGAAGUCGUUCUCAACCCUGGUCCUGGGGACCUAAAGGGGUGCAUGUUUUUGUUUUUGCCCUUGCAUUAACACACCUUUCAAAUGACCAGCUUCAGCUUGUUCAUGAUUCAUUAUUUGAAUCAGGUUUGUUUGUACAUGGGCAAAAACAAAAAUGUGCAUCCCUUUAGGUAACCCAGGACCAGGAUUUGAGAAACACUGCUCUACAGUGAGAGAGACAGGCACCGUGGAGCCUGUCACUGAAUGUGAUAGAGUCACCUGGAGGAUCUGAGGUCCAAAGGCAAAACCUGAGCCAGACAGACUGUCAGAUUGGCCCUGCAGUGGGCUACCUCUCACUGGCUCUCCCCUGUGGCUCUGCAGAACACUCAGGGCUAAGACAUCUCUCUCUACAUACAGAUUUCAAUUUCCUGCCCAUGUCUCGUCUCCUCCCUGGAGCUUCAGACACUUAAUUGUAGUGUCAGGGAGACAAGCAAGGAUUAAGAGGACAAAUGAUUGCUUGUACCUCUACUUGUACUGUCAUAUAAGACGUUGUCAUUGAUGUCACUGUUAGCGACUGGAAUUAAAACUGACUUUCCAAUCUUAUCCUAGAAUAAAUUGCAUUUAGAAGUAAUAAAAAAAGUAUAAUAAAUAGUGAAUCCUGCACUACCAUAAUGUGUUAGUAAUGUGCCGUACAGGUAUUAGCUACUGGAGGGCUGAUCACAAGUGGAGUCCUAUGAGAGAGCCGAUCCCAUAGAACUCAACAGCUGAACGCCAUGUCUAAUCAAAGGUAGAGUUUGAGAACUACACUGUGGGUUGACAUUGUUGGGAUAAUUAAAUUUUCUCCCCCAUACAUAGCUAGACAGACAGGCCCACGUGAAGAAACAAAUGAGAGGGUUCUUCUCCCUGGCAACAGGACAACUGUGCUAGUCAUUAGCUAAAUGGGCUGACAGAGCGAUAGAUGACAUUGGGUUUGGGCAGCCUCAGCUAGUAUCCUAGAGCCACCACCUGCAUGAAUAGAAGUAAAUUUCUACUACUAAACUAUCACACAUAUGGAUCAUUUCUCUCUCUGUGUAGUGAGACACAGAGGAAUCUCUGCUGCCUGAAUUUCAGCUUAAUUGCCUCAGAAGAAAAAAAAACAUUCAGUCAUGGAGAGCCAGAAACAUAUUGCCAGCCCAAAAUAAUGAAGAAAAGGAGGAGAAGGUGUUAUCUUCCUGCUGCCAUUCAAAUAGGUUAAUGGGGAGGAGAUGUCUCCAUUUUGACUGAACAAAGAGCUUGUCAUUCUCUCUUCAUAUGAUUACUGUCUCUUUGUGAUGGGAUAGAGGAGGGCCUGUGAGCUUCUGUUGAGUCUGUACUGUAUUUCAGUGUGAUGAGUGCAGAAUGAGUCUGUACUGUAUUUCAGUAUGAUGAGUGCAGAAUGAGUCUGUACUGUAUUUCAGUAUGAUGAGUGCAGAAUGAGUCUGUACUGUAUCCACCAAACUCAGAUGCAAGAUUUGGUCACCGGAGGAAUUUGUUUUGUUCAAAUCAAAUCAAAUCAAAUGUUAUUUGUCACAUUGUCACGUUUCUUUAUAGACGGGCCAGACCAAGGCGCAGCGUGAUAUGCGUACAUGUUUAUUUUAAUGAAUAAACAACCGACAAAACAAUAAACAAACGAAACGUGAAGUCCAAGGUAGAACACAAAACAUACCUACACGGAACCUCCCACAACCCACUAGUGCCAAUAGGCUGCCUAAGUAUGGUCCCCAAUCAGAGACAACGAGCUACAGCUGCCUCUGAUUGGGAACCACACCGGCCAACAUAGAUCUACACAUAAUAGAAUAUCAACAUAGAAAUACACAACAUAGAACAUACACACCCCGACUCAACAUAUACGAGUCCCCAGAGUCAGGGCGUGACAGUACCCCCCCCCCCAAAGGAUUCCGACCGCACAACAUAAACAUAACAGGGUAGGGGCCGGGUGGGCAUUCCGCCUCGGAGGCGGAUCCGGCUCAGGGCGUGACGACCACUUACUCUCCGCCUCCCUGUUGCGCCCCUGGUCUGGUCUGAACCUCGGCGCGCUGCUUCCCAUCUCCUUCCUCCCACGAAGUACCAAGCCCUGUCUGGACCCUGGUGUGGGAGACCCCGAACCUGGAGAGGGGCUGACGUCUGGGUCUGGACUGGAGCCGCUGACCAGAGCUGGACCAGGCACCGGUGGAGCGGACUGCACAGGCUCCGGACUGGACCCGCUGACCGGAGCUGGACUAAGCACCGGUGGAGCGGACUACUCUGGCUCCGGAGUGGAGCCGCUGACCGGAUCUGGACUGGACCCCGGUGGAGCGGACUGCUCUGGCUCCGGAGUGGAGCAGCUGACCGGAGCUGGAUCAGGCACCGGUGGAGCGGACUGCUCUGGCUCCGGAGUGGAGCCGCUGACCGGAGCUGGACUGGACCCCGGUGAAGCGGAUUUCUCUGGCUCCGGAGUGGAGCAGCUGACCGGAGCUGAACUGGGCACCGGUGGAGCGGACUGCUCUGGCUCCGAAGUGGAGCAGCUGACCGGACCAGGCAACGGUGGAACAGGCACUGGCCGUGCCGGACUGGACACACGCACCACUGGCUUGGUGUGAGGGGUAGGAACAGGCCGGGCCGGGCUGGCGAUGCGCACCACUGGCUUGGUGCGAGGGGCAGGAACAGGCCGGGCCGGGCUGGCGACGCGCACCACUGGCUUGGUGCGAGGGGCAGGAACAGGCCGGACCGGGCUGGCGACGCGCACCACUGGCUUGGUGCGAGGGGCAGGAACAGGCCGGGCCGAGCUGGCGACCCGCACCACUGGCUUGGUGCGAGGGGCAGGAACAGGCCGGACCGGGCUGGCGACGCGCACCACUGGCUUGGUGCGAGGGGCAGGAACAGGCCGGGCCGUGCUGGCAACGCGCACCACUGGCUUGGUGCGAGGGGCAGGAACAGGCCGGGCCGGGCUGGUGACGCGCACCACUCUUGGGUCUCCGUCGUCGGCACUCCUCUUCCCGUGAGGACUCCUCCGGGAGCCCCCACGAGUUAGGGAACAGAACCUCGUCGUCGUCGUCAUCCUCCGACUCCUCAGUAUAAUACUGUUCCCACUCCUCUUCCCAUGGUCGUAGGGACCCAAUCUGAAAACCGACCGGGUGCAGUGGUCGGGGCUCCUCUCUCUCGCUCCCCGACCACACCUUUAGCCCCCCCCAAAAAAAAUGUAUUGGGGCUGUCUCUCGGGCUUCCUCCUCGACCGGCGUCCUCUGCGUUGCCGUUGCACCUCUCCUGCCUGGGUAUCUACCUUCGCCCAUGGCCCUUUCCCCGCAAAUAUCUCCUCCCAUGACCACCAUUUGCCCACCUGUGACAUCGCUAUUCGCUCUUCCUGGGCACGCUGCUUGGUCCUCGUUUGGUGGGAUCUUCUGUCACGUUCGUUUAUAGACGGGUCAGACCAAGGCGCAGCGUGAUAUGCGUACAUGUUUAUUUUAAUGAAUAAACAACCGACAAAAACAAUAAACAAACGAAACGUGAAGUCCAAGGUAGAACACAAAACAUACCUACACGGAACAAGAUCCCACAACCCACUAGUGCCAAUAGGCUGCCUAAGUAUGGUCCCCAAUCAGAGACAACGAGCUACAGCUGCCUCUGAUUGGGAACCACACCGGCCAACAUAGAUCUACACAUAAUAGAAUAUCAACAUAGAAAUACACAACAUAGAACAUACACACCCCGACUCAACAUAUACGAGUCCCCAGAGUCAGGGCGUGACACACAUACACGUGUUUAGCAGAUGUUAUAGCGGGUGUAGCGAAAUGCUUAUGCUUCUAGCUCCGACAGUACAGUAAUAUCUAACAAUUACACAACAUAUACCCAAUACACACAAAAAAGUAAGGAAUUGGAUUUAAGAAUAUAUACAUAUAUGGACAAGCAAUGACAGAGCGGCAUGGACUAAGAUACAGAAGAAUAUUAUAGAAUAGAAUGCAGUAUAUACAUAUGAGAUGAGUAGUGCAAGAUAUGUAAACCUUAUUAAAGUGUCUAGUGUUCCAUUUCUUAAAGUGACCAGUGAUUUCAAUAGGCAGCAGCAGCCUCUAAUGUGCUAGUGAUGGCUAUUUAACAGUCUAAAGGCCUUGAGAUAGAAGCUGUUUUUCAUUCUCUCGGUCCCAGCUUUGAUGCACCUGUACUGACCUCGCCUUCUGGAUGAUAGCGGGGUGAACAGGCAGUGGCUCGGGUGGUUGAUGUCCUCUGGAGAGCCCUGCGGUUGUGGGUGGUGCAGUUGCCGUACCAGGCGGUGAUACAGCCCGACAGGAUGCUGUUUCCUGAAGUCCACGAUCAUCUCCUUUGCUUUGUUGAUGUUGAGUGAGAGGUUAUUUUCCUGGCACCACACUCCCAGAGCCCUCACCUCCUCCCUGUAGGUGGUCUCGUCAUUGUUGGUAAUUAAGCCUACUGCUGUUGUGUCGUCUGCAAACUUGAUGAUUGAGUUAGAGGCGUGCUUGGCCACGCAGUCAUGGGUGAACAGGGAGUACAGGAGCGGGCUGAGCACGCACCCUUGUGGGGCCCCAGUGUUGAGGAUCAGCGAAGUAGAGAUGUUGUUUCCUACCUUCACCACCUGGGGGCGGCCCGUCAGGAAGUCCAGGACCCAGUUGCCCAGGGCAGGGUUCAGACCCAGGGCCUCGAGCUUAAUGAUGAGCUUGGAGGGUACUAUGGUGUUGAAUGCUGAGCUAUAGUCAAUGAACAGCAUUCUUACAUAGGUAUUCCUCUUGUCCAGAUGGGAUAGGGCAGUGUGCAGUGUGAUGGCAAUUGCAUUGUCUGUGGAUCUAUUGGGCGGUAAGCAAAUUGAAUUGGGUCUAGGGUGACAGGUAAGGUAGAGGUGAUAUGAUCCUUGACUAGUUUCUCAAAGCACUUCAUGAUGACAGAGGUGAGUGCUACAGGGCGAUAGUCAUUUAGUUCAGUUACCUUUGCUUUCUUGGGUACAGGAACAAUGGUGGCCAUCUUGAAGCAUGUGGGAACAGCAGACUGGGAAAGGGAGAGAUUGAUAAUGUCCAUGAACACACCAGCCAGCUGGUCUGUUCCACUAAGGUGUUGGGUACAUUACAGUACUUGUAUAAUAAUGGUUGUACUGCCGUGCCACAGUUAAAUGUUCAUAUCACGUGCACAAUCUCGCGUGCACACACACACACACAUUAUUAAUCAGUUUUGGUUGUAUUUGUUCUCCAGGCACCAUCGCUGGGCACUCUGAUGGGGGUGUACCUGCCCUGCAUCCAGAAUAUCUUUGGUGUGAUCCUGUUCCUGCGGAUGACCUGGAUGGUGGGCAUCGGAGGGGUCUUUGGCUCCUUCAUCAUCGUCUUCAUGUGCUGCUCCACGGUGAGUUAAAGCUCUGGGCCAUAUCCUUCUCACACACCCACUCUCUUCUGUUCUCCUCCUUCUCUCAUUCUCUCUUCUCCUCAUCCUCUCUCUCUUUAUAUCACCCUCCAUGUCAGGAAAGCUAUUUUUCUCUUCCAUCCACUCUGUCUCUCUCUUUCCCCUUCUCCCUCCCUUUCUCUAUCCUAAUGUCCAUCAGUGUUAGAAUGGGCACUGUGCCUGCCAGAGCAGAGAGGCCAGUUUGCAGCUCUGAUAAGGAUAUACUUAACACCACUUCCAUUUUAAUUCUGUUUGAUGUUCAAAGCUCUCCCAGUUGAGUAAAUCCUAGUUUAAUCCUAUUUUGACCUGAGGUAGCCCUAAAAGCUUUACAGAAUAUAUUUACUAUUCAUCCCUUCACUUACAGAAAUAGCUAUUAAUUUACAGUGUUGUAUACAGAAGUAUAUUUUGAGAUUCUAUCAAAUUCCGGUUCAUAGUAAUUUCAUAAUUUGCUACUAAAAAUAAUUAUAUAACCCAGAACAACUGUAAUAUAAAUUCCAGAAUGCAUUUAGAAUGUAGAAUUUUAAAAAUAAUCUAAAUGGUGUUCCUUUUGAUUAAUUCUGAUUUGUCUCCCCAAGGGACUAAAAGCUAUACCUCCAAACAAUAGGUGACCACCCUUACCCCCGUCUGUCACAAGACAGGGCGGCAGGUAGCUUAGUGGUUAAGAGCGUUGUGCCAGUAACCGAAAGGUCGCUGGUUCUAAUCCCCGAGCCGACUAGGUGAAAAAUCUGUCGAUGUGCCCUGGAGCAAGGCACUUAACCCUAAUUGCUCCUGUAAGUCACUCUGGAUAAGAGCGUCUGCUAAAUGACUAAAAUGUAAUGUAAAUGUAAGAUCCAGUUAACAAAUGAAGGCUAGCUAGCGCUCUAAGCUGCUAUCAGCUCCAUCACUGCUGAUUACCAUGUCAGCAGCAGUCCUAAAAAAAGUCAGAUACAGCCCGUCUAAUUAAAGGACUGAUCAAACCCCAACAGCUCUGAUUAAGCAGUGAGCUCAGGACUCUAAAGGACUGCUACUGUACCUGGGGCCAUACAUAGAGGUUGUGACCUGGACUCCAGUAGGACCAGUGGGACAUCUGUCCCACCCCAGGGAUAGUUUGGUUAGAUUACUAAUGGACUAGUAGACCCUGAGCAGCAGAUCCUCCUCUUUGUUCUGUGGAGAUCAUUUAGAUAAAGGCAUCUGCAUAAUAGGUUGGGUUUGCUCCUAGCAGAACUUGUCUAGGCGAAGUGAACGUCUGUGCCUUGCAUACUCACUUGAAAAAAGCGGUAAUAGUUUGUCCACCUUGUCGUAACCAGUAUACACUUCCUCAAAAUGGUCAGAAUUAAUCUAAGAUAGCUCAAGAAAUCUGUCAUAAAUGUUGACGUUUUUGCAGAGGAGAUCUUAGUAAUGCAAAUUUUACAUCUAACUAAGAUGUUUGGUGCAGUAUUUCUGAAGUGAAAAAAUGUGUGUGUCAUCUCUCGUUGAAUGACAACAAACACUUCAUUGAAGAAUCCCUACUUUUGACCGAUCACAGACGAAGGGGCGUAGACUUCGGCUACCGAACUUCGGCUUGCCUCGAGAAAAGAUGUAGUGCACACGAACAGGCUAAAAAAACCUUGCCGAAGACCAAAACCGGCACAAUAUGUCGUCAUAAUAUAUGCACAAACUGUUCCGAACUGUUUCAGAUGGGAAGCAUGCGGAUAGACGCCUUUAGAUAGAAAAAACAGCAGGGUUUCACAGGAUGGGACAAGUGCCCGAGCUAUCUGUUAGAGAUUAUAACCCAACACUGAUUUGACUAUUCAUGUAUUCCCUGUAUUGUUCUACUUUGUACCAGACAUGGGUUCAAAUACGUGCAUUUGAGUAUUUGCUAUUUAAAUUACAUUUGAGUAUUUUAAUGGUUAUUUGUCCCCCAAAAAAAUUUUGGGGACUUAUUUCAAAUACUAUUUUCAAAUACCUGGGUUAAAUGCAUGGGAGUGUAUUUGAGUUAGUGUAUUUGAGUAUUUUAAAACACUUUCCAAGUGUAUUUUCAAAUAAAUUAUUAAAUUACUUAUUUUUUCAAAUAAAGGUUAUAUGACUACUUGUUUUGAAAUGACAAAAAAUAUUUGAUUUGAAAAGUAAUUGAAAUACCUGAAAUUGUAUUUGAACCCAGGUCUGCUUUGUACAUGGUUAUCAGUUCACAUCACUGUCAAUUUACAUAUAUCAUGUAUACUCACUUGAGGAGGGGUAACCUGAUCCCAGAUCUGUGCCAACGGGCAACUUCUUCCCGGAGCCUGAUCAUACCACUGUCUGUCUGCCCAGGGAUGCUCAAGGAGCAUGAUUCCCAGUAGAGCAGUCCCAGGGUCCCUGGCCUGCAGCAUCAGAUAACAGUAAAACAAUUAGGGCUAAUCUGUGCUCCUCAGAGAGCAGGGUCACUUCAUUACCAGCUGAUAAGGAGUCUCAUAGCGGCACCACGCCACCACGCCUGUUGGGCUCUGAGAGGGCCCUGUCGACAGUUAAUACUCACCAGAUUACACACACAUGCACGUACACACACACAGCUCCAGGCCUGCCACUGGAAACCCACACUGAAGAGGUAUUGAUUGAGCUCAAUCAUCUCUCUUUAUCGCGUUUGUAAUAUCACUCUCUUUUUGUGUCUCCGUGACUCCUUCUCUCUCCCUGUGUCCUGCGAUCUAUUUUCUUCACUGUAUCUCUCUAUCCAUCUCUUUCCUUUUCUCCAGAUAUCUUCUUCUUUCUCCUUCUGAUUCCUCCCUGAUCUGUUCAGUAUUUGUCUCUAUCUAACCAUUUCUCUCUCUCUCUACAUGACUAACUCUCUUUCUCUGGCCUAACUACUCCUCUCGCUCUUUUAUUUUCAACUCUGACUGUCUCUGUCCUUCUCUCCCUCUCUCUGACACCCCAUUAACUUUCUCUCCUCUGUCCCUUUUUUUUACUGUAACUCUUCCCCUCUCACAGGCACCUGUCUCUCCAUCUCACAGACACCUGUCUCUCCCUCUCACAGACACCUGUCUCUCCCUCUCACAGACACCUGUCUCUCCCUCUCACAGACACCUGUCUCUCCCUCUCACAGACACCUGUCUCUCCCUCUCACAGACAGCUGUCUCUCCCUCUCACACAGACACCUUCUCUCCCUCUCACAACAGCUGUUCUCCUCUCGAACCUGUCUCUCCUCUCACAGACACCUGUCUCUCCCUCUCACAGACACCUGUCUCUCCCUCUCACAGACACCUGUCUCUCCCUCUCCCAGACACCCGUCUCUCCCUCUCCCAGACACCUGUCUCUCCCUCUCACAGGCACCCGUCUCUCCCUUUCACAGGCACCUGUCUCUUCCUCUCACAGACACCUGUCUCUCCCUCUCACAGACACCUGUCUCUCCCUCUCACAGACAGCUGUCUCUCCCUCUCACAGACAGCUGUCUCUCCCUCUCACAGACAGCUGUCUCUCCCUCUCACAGGCACCCGUCUCUCCCUUUCACAGGCACCUGUCUCUUCCUCUCACAGACACCUGUCUCUCCCUCUCCCAGACACCUGUCUCUCCCUUUCACAGACACCUGUCUCUUCCUCUCACAGACACCUGUCUCUCCCUCUCCCAGACACCUGUCUCUCCCUCUCACAGACACCUGUCUCUCCCUCUCAUUCUAAUUCUCUCAUGAUUCAUACUAGCCCUAACUUCUCUCUCUCUCUUUCUCCACUUCCCUCCCUGUCUGUCCCUUUCAUUCUCUCUCCACUCUCCAUUCUCUCCCCCCCUCUCUCGCUCUCUCUCUCUCUCUCUCCUCAUUGUCAUUCUGCCUUGUGGAUUUGUGAAAUGCCCUACCUGCUUCACUGAGCAUUAGCAGAGAUGGACGGUCUGCCUACCCAAACAUAUUUAUUAUGAAUCCUUUAUUUAGCCAAUGCCCUUGGGUCAUCUGGGGCUCUGGGACCCAGUUAAAAGGGCAGAACACACAGGUUGGGUAUAAGUUGGGUAUAAGGUUAUUUACAGGUAGGUUCAUCUGAUCCUAAAUCUAUGGUUAAGGGAAACUUUUAUCUCAAGCCUGCAGAUUGUCCCCACCUUAGAUACUAGAUUGAUAUGAUCUCUAUAUUUUAUUUCUGCCUGGAUGUUGAUUAGAUUGAUGAGGUGUCAGGUUAGUUCAAGGUUGCAACGUAUGUUGUUGUGAUCGAUCAUCUUCCAAAUACACUGAACAAAAAUAUUAACGCAACAUGCAACAAUUUCAAAGAUUUGACUGAGUUACAGUUCAUAUAAGGAAAUCAGUCAAUUUAAAUAAAUUCAUUAGGCCAUAAUCUAUGGAUUUCACAUGACUGGGAAUACAGAUAUGGAUCUGUUUACAUCCCUGUCACAGAUACCUUAAAAAAAAGGUAAGGGAGUAGAUCAGAAAACCAAACAGUAUCUGGUGUGACCACCAUUUGCCUCACACAGCUGGACACAUUUUAGAGUGGCCUUUUAUUGUCCCCAGCACAAGGUGCAUCUGUGUAAUGAUCAUGAUGUUUUAUCAGCUUCUUGAUAUGCCACACCUGUCAGAUGGAUGGAUUAUCUUGGCUAAGGAGAAAUGCUCACUAACAGGGAUGUAAACAAAUUUGUGCACAACAUUUGAGAGAAAUAAGCUUUUUGUGCUUAUGGAACAUUACAGGGAUCUUUUAUUUCAGCUCAUGAAACAUGGGACCAACACUUUACAUGUUGCAUUUAUACACUACAUGACCAAAAGUAUUUGGACACCUGCUCGUCUAACAUCUCAUUCCAAAAACAUGGUCAGUAAUAUGGAGUUGGUCCCCCCUUUGCUGAUAUAACAGCCUCCACUCUUCUGGGAAGGCUUUCCACUAGAUGUUGGAACAUUGCUGCGGGGACUUGCUUCCAUUCAACCAUUCAGGCUGGGCACUGAUGUUGGGCGAUUAGGCCUGGCUCGCAGUCGGCGUUCCAAUUCAUCCCAAAGGUCUUCGAUGGGGUUGAGGUCAGGGCUCUGUGCAGGCCAGUCAAGUUCUUCCACACCGAUCUCGACAAACCCUUUCUGUACGGACCUUUCUUUGUGCACAGGGGCAUUGUCAAGCUAAAACAGGAAAGGGCCUUCCCCAAACUGUUGCCACAAAGUUGGAAGCACAGAAUCGUCUAGAAUGUCAUUGUAUGCUGUAGUGUUAAGAUUUCCCUUCACUGGAACUAAGGGGCCUAGCCCGAACCAGGAAAAACAGCCCCAGACCAUUAUUCCUCCUCCACCAAACUUUACAGUUGGCACUAUGCAUUCAGGCAGGUAGCGUUCUCCUGGCAUCCGCCAAACCCAGAUUCAACCGUCGGACUGCCAGAUGGUGAAGCCUGAUUAAUUACUCCAGAGAACGCGUUUCCACUGCUCCAGAGUCCAAUGGAGGCAAGCUUUAUACCACUCCAGCCGACGCUUGGCAUUGCGCAUGGUGAUCUUAGGCUUGUGUGCGGCUGUUCGGCCAUGGAAACCUAUUAUAUGAAGCUUCCAACGAACAGUUCUUGUGGCAUUGCUUCCAGAGGCCGUUUGGAACUCGGUAAUGAGUGUUGCAACUGAGGACAGAUUAUUUUUACUCGCUACGCGCUUCAGCAUUUGGCAGUCCCGUUCUGUUUGCUUGUGUGGCCUACCACUUUGCAGCUGAGCCGUUGUUGCUCCUAGACGUUUCUACUUCACAUUAACAACACUUACAGUUGACCGAGGAAGCUCUAGCAGGGCAGAAAUUUGACGAACUGACUUGUUGGAAAGGUGGCAUCCUAUGAUGGUGCCACGUUGAAAGUCACUGAGCUCUUCAGUAAGGCCAUUCUACUGCCAAUGAUUGGACAUGGAGAUUGCAUGGCUGUGUGCUCGAUUUUAUACACCUGUCAGUAACGAGUGUGGCUGAAAUAGCCGAAUCCACUAAUUUGAAGGGGUGUCCACAUACUUUUGUAUACACUGUAUAUAGUUUAUUUUUGUUCAGUGUAUAACUAAGAAACUAUUUUGAACCAUCUUCACAAAGUUCAUACUUAAAGUUCAUACGGAAGAAUGGCAUAAGGAUGGAGCAUCACAAACAAUAUAUUAUUAAACUGUUAUACUAAGAAUCAGAACUCUGCAGCUGGUGAAUAAAAUAUAUGUAACUGCUCCUCCAUUUAAAAAAAUAUAGUUUUCUCACCCCACUGACUCUCUCGUCUCAGACCAUGCUGACAGCGAUCUCCAUGAGUGCCAUCGCAACGAAUGGAGUGGUGCCAGGUGAGUGCGUAACACAGUGUGUGCCUUGGUGAGUGUGUAACACAGUGUGUGCCUUGGUGAGUGCGUAACACAGUGUGUGCCUUGGUGAGUGCAUAACAGUGUGUGCCUUGGUGAGUGCGUAACACAGUGUGUGCCUUGGUGAGUGUGUAACACAGUGUGUGCCUUGGUGAGUGCGUAACACAGUGUGUGCCUUGGUGAGUGCAUAACAGUGUGUGCCUUGGUGAGUGCGUAACACAGUGUGUGCCUUGGUGAGUGCGUAACUCAGUGUGUGCCAGGUGAGUGCGUAACACAGUGUGUGCCUUGGUGAGUGCGUAACACAGUGUGUGCCAGGUGAGUGCGUAACACAGUGUGUGCCAGGUGAGUGCGUAACACAGUGUGUGCCAGGUGAGUGCGUAACACUGUGUGCCAGGUGAGUGUGUAACACAGUGUGUGCCAGGUAAGUGCGUAACACAGUGUGGGCCAGGUGAGUGCGUAACACAGUGUGUGCCAGGUGAGUGCGUAACACAGUGUGUGCCAGGUGAGUGUGUAACACAGUGUGUGCCAGGUGAGUGCGUAACACAGUGUGUGUCAGGUGAGUGCGUAACACAGUGUGUGCCAGGUGAGUGUGUAACACAGUGUGUGCCUUGGUGAGUGCGUAACACAGUGUGUGCCUUGGUGAGUGCGUAACACAGUGUGUGCCUUGGUGAGUGCGUAACACAGUGUGUGCCAGGUGAGUGCGUAACACAGUGUGUGCUUUGGUGAGUGCGUAACACAGUGUGUGCCAGGUGAGUGCGUAACACAGUGUGUGCCAGGUGAGUGUGUAACACAGUGUGUGCCAGGUGAGUGUGUAACACAGUGUGUGCCAGGUGAGUGCGUAACACAGUGUGUGCCAGGUGAGUGCAUAACACAGUGUGUGCCAGGUGAGUGCGUGCGUGGGAGGCCUGGGUGCCACAGGGCAAUCCUGUUGUUCUUUUCAUGUCCUCUGAUAUUGCUCAGGUCUGUGGACAGGUAAUGCUUAGUCUCGAAAACCCGACCCUAUGCAACCGUGACUAGGGACUGGUUUCGACGACGGACUCUUUUGACAACUUUGAUGAGAGAAAAAAAUAAUCUGGGGUGGGUGCUCUUCAGACAGAGAAGUCUCCCAACAAAUCACGAGGCAGACAUGCCAGAACCUCACGAUUCAAAGCCAAAGUUUGCAAGCAAAACCUUUGCAGUGGUUUUAGCAAAGGUAGUUGAUGCAAACUAGCCACUUUCGAAAUGCACUCAUUAAAAAUAACCUUUGUGAUCUCCAUCUUGCUAGCUACUAUUUAGUAUUUUAUUGAAGCAGAUAAGGUAAUGACGAAGGCAGUGAGGUAGUUUCUCUAUGCCAAACGGAUGUUCUAUUACAUACAGACGCUGUUAAGACGAGGCAUUUGAAAAUUGUGGGAGGCAACGCGGAUGUCUAGAGAGACUAGGUAAUGCUAGCGUGGCUAAAUCAGAACCACACUGUACUAGCACCCCUUCCAUCACCUGCACAAAGUCAAAGUGUGAAAGUGUGAAACUAUUCUAUUCAGAAACUUAGAAACUAUUCUGUACCUAUCCAUAGAACCAUAAUACUGUGGAGAAAGGCUAUAACUCUUUUCAAGCUCUCUCUAACAUGCCUAAGCAAUGUCUAUGCAGCACUAUCUUUUUGUUUACAAACUACUGCUUCCGCAGAUUCAAGCCCCAAGUCUUUAGACUUUUGUGCAGACCUGGGGUUCAUCUUUGAAGACAACGUUGCAGAGAUAGAGCCAGAGAGGAAUGUCAAUGGUUGUGUUUGUGUGUCUCAGCCGGAGGCUCCUACUACAUGAUCUCCCGUUCCCUGGGGCCUGAGUUUGGCGGAGCUGUCGGAAUCUGCUUCUAUCUGGGGACUACUUUUGCGGGUGCCAUGUACAUCCUUGGUGCCAUCGAACUUCUGCUGGUAAGGAGAGAUGACUGCUAUUAUGUUAUUGUUUUGUUUACUAUCUGUUUUGUAUUCCUCUGUGCCUUUUCCAGCAUUGUAUUUUGGGGCGAGAUCACAACAUUGAUUAGUGCAAAGGGAAGAUGUGCACUCACAUUUCUGUGUUCUUCAGUGUAGAUUGUAAUGCAAGAGAUGAGGAUGCCGAAAGCUACCCAAUAAAUACAAUAAAUUGAAACGCAUUAUGUUGAUAUCUUUUCAUUUUAGACAAAUAUGAAAAGUUGUUGCAAUUCCUGAGUGAUUUUUCCUUAGAGACAUAAUAUCUCAAUUAUCAUAAUUUCAUCCAGCGAUUUUUCCUUAGAGACAUAAUAAUAUCUCAAUUAUCAUGAAUUCAUCCAGCAAGCUGUCACACUCAGAGCUUUAUUUAGAUCAGAUGCUGAAAAUACUAAGUGCAUUUCCUUUCAUAUGCUUGUUCCUUUGUUAGUGCCUUGUCUGUUCUAUCAUCCACCAUCAUAAAAAAAUACAUUAUUCAUUACGUUUCUCUGAUGUCUCCAAUGUUUGAGAUAAUGUCUGAUCUCUCUUCUCACACCCUGUCACUCCCUUCCUCCUUUUUCCCCCUUCCUCCUUUUCUGACGCUUGCUCCCAUUCUCUCCCUCCAUCCUCAUCCCUCCCUCUGUCAUUUUUUAACACACCCUUUCUCUCCCUCAAUCCUAUUCUUACUCUCUCCUCUCUUCCCCUCUCAUUUUCUCUUCCCUUCCCUUUCUCUCUCUCCCUCCAUCUUUCCCUUCUCUAGGUUUACAUCCUUCCCCAGGCGGCCAUUUUUAAGAUGGAGGGGCUAGAAGGGGCUGAUAUGGAGGCAGCGAUGCUGAACAACAUGCGCGUGUACGGCACCAUUGUGCUCAGUUUCAUGGCCACGGUGGUGUUUGUGGGGGUCAAAUAUGUCAACAAGCUGGCUCUAGUCUUCCUGGCGUGUGUCAUUCUGUCCAUCCUGGCUGUUUACGCUGGGGUCAUCAAGACGGCCUUUGAACCCCCUGUUUUCCCGUAAGUCUGACCUGACUGAGCCUUGUGCUCUUUUCUGCUGUUGCUCACUUAAAGACUGAAUCCGCAUUAGGGGAAACAGCGCCACUGUUCGCCCCAGCGCCAUUGUUAUUGUUUUGGUUUUGUUGAUGAAAACGGAGGAGAGAAGCAUUCGUCAUCGUGGGAGAAAGACAAUUGCACUGCAUAUUCUGCAGUCCCAUCACACGUGGAAUAAUGUCCAGGGGGGGGAAAACUGUGUUUGUUGUUUGCAGUAACUUCUUUGUUGUUGUAAUAUACCAAACAGACAUGGGAGUUUGACCAAUUCAGGUUUCCAACUUUAAAGUUGUUAGAGCUUUACAAAAAAAAACUAAACAAAUGUCAUGAUGACCCUGUCUCUGGCCAUGUUUAAUGUUUACUUCAUUUACUCAGUCAAGCCAUGAGACUUGCAUAUUUUGUUAAUUUCUAUGUUAAAUGCUUUCCUAACCUCUAAAUAGACCAGGGGCUGAUGAUGUCUUGUCUGUCCUCCCCCUACAGCGUGUGUAUCCUGGGGAACCGCACUCUGAUCUCCAAGGGAUUUGACGUGUGUGCCAAGGUCAUUGAGAGGGACAACGGCACGGUCACCACCAAGCUGUGGAAGAUUUUCUGCGACUCUGAGUUCCUCAACGCUACCUGUGAUGAGUACUUUGCCAACAACAAUGUUUCUGAGAUCCAGGGCAUCCCAGGGGUCAGUAGCGGCAUACUGGCUGGUAAGAGGUUCACCAUUCAGAACGUAUUGUAAGCUAAUGUAGUCUGUAGUAGAGAGACAUACUGGUACUCCACAAGAGGUAUGUAAUUAUUAUGAUGUUUGUGCAUGUAUUUCUCUCCCUUUCCUUUCUCUCUCUCUCUCUCUCUCUCCUUUCGCUCUCUCUCUCUCCUUUCUUUCCCUCUCCUUUCUCUCUCUCUCACUCUCUUUAUCUCACUCUCACAGAGAACCUGUUUGGUUACUACCUGGAGAAGGGAGACUUCUUGGAGAAGCGGGGGAUCUCAGCCAUGCAGGACCCUGACGCUCCCAUCACCAACUCCAACCGUUACGUCCUGGCUGACAUCACCAGCUUCUUCACCCUGCUGGUGGGGAUCUACUUCCCCUCUGUCACAGGUCAGUCACUGCUGGGGUCACAGGUCAGUCACUGGGUCAAGGGUCAGGAGUCACUGCUGGACUAGGCCAAUCGUAACCCAAAGGGACAGUAUGGGUACGGUAUGGGUACAGGCUUUUGUUUCAGCCAAGCAGUAACAAACCUGAUUAAUCUAAUCACCUAUAUUAAGUUAUUAUAAUUAAAUUAAAAUUUUACCUUAUGAUUUCAAAGUAAAUACUACAUUUAAAAAACCACUGCUCAUAUACUUUGACUAAUACUUUGCACAAGGGCACCCAAGCAAACCAGGGUUAACGGCAGUAUAGGAUUUCUCACAUGAGAAACAUAAUUCCUAUUGUUAUAUCCACUUUAUAGUGACCUGGAAGUCUCUCCACAGUCCCAAAUGCAGAGAGAGAGACAGAGAAAUACUUUCCAGAACUGAUGACACUAGAGGAGCUGAAUAAGGCGAAGUUAGAUAAAGUGGAAUUUCUGCCAAAAACCACAUCAGCGGAAAGUCUGGGGAAUACAUGAGUCACAUUCCCACUAUCAUCCCAGUGGCAUAACCGCCGAAUAAAAUGUCCAUCAGUGGCGGCUCCUGAAAAAAUUCUCAGGAGGGGCAAUUUUUCUGAUGAUUUAGGUGACCUACACACAUUUUUAAAAAGAUAUGUCCAGCAACAACAUGAAGACAGGGGCAGCAUAUAAGUCAAUACCAGAAGCAUUUAUUGACUGAUCUCAAAAGUGUUGGCUUACAAAAGCAAAAUAAGUUAUCACAGUAAAAAUAAUCAAGGGUGUUCUUUCACAUUCCUCAACACUGCAUAAACAAUAUGUAUGGCUUUGUAAAAAUGAACAACCAUAUUCUGGCCAAUUGUAUAGAUUUGUAAAUAUGAACAACCAUAUUCUGGCCAAUUGUAUAGAUUUGUAAAAAUGAACAUGAACAGAUUUUUUAUUUUUUUGAAUGGCAGUACCUUUCAAACAUGUCUGCUUGCAGUAAGGUAGCACUCACAAGGUGGCCAGAGAAAGAUAACCUUUCUUUGGUGUGAUCCAGGAUGGUGUUGCAGACCUCUUCAGACAGCCUCUGCUUCUCCUCUUCUCUCAAAGCUGUUCUGGGUCUUUUGGCUCCUGUUGCUUCUUGCAGCUGCUGUUGAGAGGAGUCCCUGAAGGCAAACAGACCAAUGUGUUUGUUGGCUUUGUACAGUAUUGUUGUCUAUGUGAUGCACAGGUAUAUGCAAUGUAUCCAUGUAUAGUACAAAUACUUCAGUUCCACUUAAAAUGGGCAGGGAUGCAUAAAGUCUUUAGUGUUUAAGUUAGCCUUUGUGUCUCACAUAGCCUGGAUGUUCAGCACAGUAUACAGUGGUGCUCAUAAGCUUAUGAUCCCAUGCUAAAGUUGACUAAAAAGAGGAAUAAAAAAUAAAAUAAAAUUGGUGUCCUUAAAGGUUGGAUUUUCCAACUUUUUUAAUUAAGUCAUUAAGAUCAAUUUCCAAAAGAUUAUUUUUUUAUUUUUUUAUUCCUCUUUUUAGUCAGCUUUAGAAUGUGUUCAUACACUUAUGAGCACCACUGUACAGUACACAUAGUAUAUAAAAUAAGAUAGAUUACACCACUGGCCAUAUAUAAUGAGAAUAAUGUAAUUUCAAACACAAAUGCAGUCUCCUUUCAUGCAUACAUUUUCAAAUAAAGCUCUGCUUUGAGAAAGAUCGAAUGAUAUUGUUUAAUCUUUAUCUUACCUUAUGGCCUGCACACUGCUUGCGAAGCUGUCGAGGGCACGUUUGAUAAAGACAGCAUCGAUGUCCUUCUUCUGUAGCUUCUGGUACGGUGGGCUGGUCAAAUGAACCCAAUGAACCCGUCCGGAUGGCUUCAAAACAUUCUAUGAGGUCGUCUCGAUUCUCGUAGACAGUGUUCACGACUCUGCUGUUGCUAACCUCAUCGUUGUGGCGGCGGACAGCUAGCCUGUAUCCCUCAUCCAGUUGAGUGGCAAUAUUCACUCUCACCAAAGCAGACAAUCUCAAACAGCUAUCAAUGUGGGUCUUUGACAGCUCAUUUUUCUUAAUCUUUUCUGAAAGAUGGUGCAUGUCGGUUACACCAGUCGCUGUCCAAGCGUUGCUGUCUGCCGUUCAUGGUUACGUUACGUUACGUAUGACGAAAGCGCGUAAGUGCAAGCCCUCAGACACCCAUAGAGAAUGUAUUGAAAGCUCAGAAAUUUGAAAAAAAAAUAUUUUACAUUAGAGGCUAUGAGAGACUUCUGGGCGAUUUUCAACCUGACUGAAAUCGCCCCAAAACGGGCGGGGACAUUUGAAGCACGACUUUAGCCUGAUUGGACAUUUAGUGGCUGGCAGAUCAAACGUGAACACUGAACUACUGUUGCCGUGAUAUAAUUGAUUAGAAAAAAAAUCCCUUCCUUUUCCCGUUUGGCAGUGCGUCGCCCAUAUCGCCCUAUUGAACACACCGCCCAUGAUGUCCAUUGUGUACGAUCAUUUGCUCUGUGACAUUAGGAUUAUCAUGUUUUGUGAGAGCUGCUGUUGGGGAUGUAAAAUGGUUUGUUGAACACAGCACCAGUUUGCUGGAUCGUAAAAACAACAAACAAAAAAACACAGUUGCUAUUACAAGUAAAAUAUGAGUUUUGUUUAGGUUGCUAAUCGAAAAUGCUGUUUGUUUUUUUGUUGGGCCUCCACUAUUUCACUUUCAGAAAGCACUUCCUUGCUAGCACAGUAAAAAUAAAUAAAAUAAAUAAGUUUAAAAAAACGUGUGAAACAGAGUGUGAAGGAUGGGAAUUCUUCCUAUUUGAUCCUGUUUCUCCCCCCCCCCCCUCCCCCCCUCCCCCUCUCUUCUGUCCCUCUGCCUCCCAGGCAUCAUGGCUGGCUCUAACCGCUCUGGAGACCUGCGCGAUGCCCAGAAGUCCAUCCCCAUAGGCACCAUAGCAGCCAUUACCACUACUUCUAUAGUGUGUAUCCUUUACUACAGUAAAUACUGACAGUCUUACUGGAGCGGUCCGUGGUGCUGAAAUCUGUUUUUUUUACCUUCUCUGGGACUACUGAUGAAAAUACGCUGGAAUGUUACCUAUAAUAUGUGUGAUGUUUGUAUAGAUAAUAUGAAGCAUUUGAUCCUUCAUUUAGGUUUAGGUUUUGUAAAUGCUUAACGUUUUUUGGGAGACAUUUUGUACUAAAGCCUGUAGGUACAGUGUAUGUGUAUUUUUUUCUUUUUUUAUUAUGGAUCCCCAUUAGCUGUUGCCAAGGCAGCAGCUACUCUUCCUGGGGUCCAGCUAAAUUAAGGCAGUUAUAUACAAUUAAAAAUACAUUUCAUAACACUUUUCACAACGCAUUAAGUGUGUGCUCUCAGGUCACUACUCUACUUCUACAUAUCUACAAUACAAAAUCCAUGUGUAUGUGUGUGUAGAGUGUGUGUGUUAGCAUGUCUAUGUGUAUGCCUGUGUCUGUGCCUGUGUGUGUGUCUCUUUACAGUCCCCGCUGUUCCGUAAGGUGUAUUUGUAUCAGUUUUUAGAAAAUCUGAUUCUACUGCUUGCAUCAGUUACUUGAUGUGGAAUAGAGUUCCAUGUAGUCAUGGCUCUAUGUAGUACUGUGCGCCUCCCAUAGUCUGUUCUGGACUUGGGGAUUGUGAAGAGACCUCUGGUGGCAUGUCUUGUGGGGUAUGCAUGGGUGUCCGAGCUGUGUGCUAGUAGUUUGAACAGACAGCUUGGUGUAUUCAACAUGUCAAUACUUCUUACAAAAACAAGUAGUGAUGAUGUCAAUCUCUCCUCUACUUUAAGCCAUCAGAGACUGACAUACAUAUUGUUAAUGUUAGCUCUCCAUGUACAUUUAAGGGCCAGUCCUUCUUUCUGGCACCUGACCACACGACUGGACAGUAAGUCCAGGUGAGACAAAACUAAGGCCUGUAGGACCUGCCUUGUUGAUAGUGUUGUUAAGAAGGCAGAGCAGCGCUUUAUUAUAGACAGACCUCUCCCCAUCUUAGCUACUGUUGCAUCAACAUGUUUUGACCAUGACAGUUUACAAUCCAGGGUUACUCCAAGCAGUUUAGUCACCUCAACUUGCUCAAUUUCCACAUUAUUCAUUACAAGAUUUAGUUGAGGUUUAGGGUUUAGUGAAUGAUUUGUAUCAAAUACAAUGCUUUUAGUUUUAUAAAUAUUUAGGACUAACUUAUUUCUUGCCACUCAUUCUGAAAUGGACUGCAGCUCUUUGUUAAGUGUUGCAGUAAUUUCACUCGCUGUAGUAGCUGACAUGUAUUGUGUUGAGUCAUCCGCAUACAAAGACACACUGGCUUGACUCAAAGCCAGUGGCAGGUCAUUAGUAAAGAUUUAAAAAUGUAAGGGGCCUAGACAGCUGCCCUGGGGAAUUCCUGAUUCUAACUGGAUGAUGUUGGAGAGGCUUCCAUUAAAGAACACCCUCUGUGUUCUGUUAGACAGGUAACUCUUUAUCCACAAUAUAGCAGGGGGUGAAAAGCCAUAACACAUACGUUUUUACAGCAGCAGACUAUGAUCGAUAAUGUCUAAAGCCGCACUGAAGUCUAACAAAAUAGCUCCCACAAUCUUUUUAUCAUCAAUUUCUCUCAGUCACUUCACGGAAUUCAAAAUUACAAUGCUUGUCUUUCAUAAUUUGGUCAGUUAUACUUGGAUGUGUAGUGUCGGCAUUGGUUGCUGGCAUGUCAUGCCUAAGUUUGCUAAUCUUGCCAAUGAAAAAAUCAUUAAAAUAGUUGGCAAUAUCAGUGGGUUUUGUGAUGAAUGAGUCAUCUGAUUCAAUUAAUGAUGAGCUGAGUUUGCCUUUUUGCCCAAAAUGUCAUUUAAAGUGCUCCAAAGCUUUUUACUAUCAUUCUUUAUAUCAUGUAUCUUUGUUUCAUAGUGUAGUUUCUUCAUCUUUUUAUUCAGUUCAGUCACAUGAUUUCUCAAUUUGCAGUUUGUUUUUUGUGCAGACAGACUUACAGUGGGGAAAAAAAGUAUUUAGUCAGCCACCAAUUGUGCAAGUUCUCCCACUUAAAAAGAUGAGAGAUGCCUGUCAUUUUCAUCAUAGGUACACGUCAACUAUGACAGACAAAUUGAGAAAAGAAAAUCCAGAAAAUCACAUUGUAGGAUUUUUUAUGAAUUUAUUUGCAAAUUAUGGUGGAAAAUAAGUAUUUGGUCACCUACAAACAAGCAAGAUUUCUGGCUCUCACAGACCUGUAACUUCUUCUUUAAGAGGCUCCUCUGUCCUCCACUCGUUACCUGUAUUAAUGGCACCUGUUUGAACUUGUUAUCAGUAUAAAAGACACCUGUCCACAACCUCAAACAGUCACACUCCAAACUCCACUAUGGCCAAGACCAAAGAGCUGUCAAAGGACACCAGAAACAAAAUUGUAGACCUGCACCAGGCUGGGAAGACUGAAUCUGCAAUAGGUAAGCAGCUUGGUUUGAAGAAAUCAACUGUGGGAGCAAUUAUUAGGAAAUGGAAGACAUACAAGACCACUGAUAAUCUCCCUCGAUCUGGGGCUCCACGCAAGAUCUCACCCCGUGGGGUCAAAAUGAUCACAAGAACAGUGAGCAAAAAUCCCAGAACCACACAGGGGGACCUAGUGAAUGACCUGCAGAGAGCUGGGACAAAUAAUAAUAAUAAUAAUAAUAUGCCAUUUAGCAGACGCUUUUAUCCAAAGCGACUUACAGUCAUGCGUGCAUACAUUUUUUGGACAAAAGUAACAAAGCCUACCAUCAGUAACACACUCCGCCGCCAGGGACUCAAAUCCUGCAGUGCCAGACAUGUCCCCCUGCUUAAGCCAGUACAUGUCCAGGCCCGUCUGAAGUUUGCUAGAGUGCAUUUGGAUGAUCCAGAAGAGGAUUGGGAGAAUGUCAUAUGGUCAGAUGAAACCAAAAUAGAACUUUUUGGUAAAAACUCAACUUGUCGUGUUUGGAGGACAAUGAAUGCUGAGUUGCAUCCAAAGAACACCAUACCUACUGUGAAGCAUGGGGGUGGAAACAUCAUGCUUUGGGGCUGUUUUUCUGCAAAGGGACCAGGACGACUGAUCCGUGUAAAGGAAAGAAUGAAUGGGGCCAUGUAUCGUGAGAUUUUGAGUGAAAACCUCCUUCCAUCAGCAAGGGCAUUGAAGAUGAAACGUGGCUGGGUCUUUCAGCAUGACAAUGAUCCCAAACACACCGCCUGGGCAACGAAGGAGUGGCUUCGUAAGAAGCAUUUCAAGGUCCUGGAGUGGCCUAGCCAGUCUCCAGAUCUCAACCCCAUAGAAAAUCUUUGGAGGGAGUUGAAAGUCCGUGUUGCCCAGCGACAGCCCCAAAACAUCACUGCUCUAGAGGAGAUCUGCAUGGAGGAAUGGGCCAAAAUACCAGCAACAGUGUGUUAAAACCUUGUGAAGACUUACAGAAAACGUUUGACCUGUGUCAUUGCCAACAAAGGGUAUAUAACAAAGUAUUGAGAAACUUUUGUUAUUGACCAAAUACUUAUUUUCCACCAUAAUUUGCAAAUAAAUUAAUAAAAAAUCCUACAAUGUGAUUUUCUGGAUUUGUUUUCCUCAUUUUGUCUGUCAUAGUUGACGUGUACCUAUGAUGAAAAUUACAGGCCUCUCUCAUCUUUUUAAGUGGGAGAACUUGCACAAUUGGUGGCUGACUAAAUACUUUUUUUCCCCACUGUAUUUGCCAUUCCUUUUGCCUCAUCCCUCUCAAUCAUACAAUUUUUCCAUUCCUUAUCAAUCCACAGGCAUUUAACCAUUUUUACAGACAUUUUCUUAAUGGAUGCAUGCUUAUUCGUAACUGGAAUAAGCAAUUUCAUAAAUGUGUCAAGUGCAGCGUCCUGUUGCUCCUCAUUGUGUAUUGUGUGUAUUGUGAGGUCUGUGUGUGUAUUGUGAGGUCUGUGUGUGUAUUGUGAGGUCUGUGUGUGUGUUCCUUCACUGCUCCUCUCAGACAUGUCUGCCGUGGUCCUGUUUGGGGCCUGUAUUGAAGGGGUGGUCCUGAGGGACAAGUGAGUUAUUUCUAUUCCACUCUACAUCCACUUCCUGUAUUACUAUAGCUAGCAUCGCUGCCUCGUGAGUCUUGCCCAUCUCAAAAUCAAUACUCUCCCACUGUGGUCCUCUGUAGCUCAGCUGGUAGAGCACGGCGCUUGUAACGCCAAGGUAGUGGGUUCGAUCCCCGGGACCACCCAUACACAAAAAUGUAUGCACACACGACUGUAAGUCGCUUUGGAUAAAAGCGUCUGCUAAAUGGCAUAUUAUUAUUAUUAUUAUUAUAAUUGUCCAUGUAAUCAGAUGCAACACAUAGAAAAACAAAUAAUACUCAAAGAACUUGAUUGAGAAUGCAAAAUAGUUGUGCGCACUGAAUUUGUGCCGCAAUGGACAGUGGACGAGGCCAGUUGUUAUGGCAAAAACACUCAAUGAAAAAGGCAACUUAUAUCUGUCUCUCUGACUUCAGGUUUGGUGAGGGGGUGGAUGGUAACCUUGUGAUUGGUACCCUGGCGUGGCCUUCACCAUGGGUGAUCGUGAUUGGUUCCUUCUUCUCCACCUGUGGGGCGGGGCUUCAGAGUUUGACUGGCGCGCCACGCCUCCUGCAGGCCAUCUCCCGCGAUGGCGUCAUCCCUUUCCUUAAAGUGAGUAAACACACACACACACUCACACACAUACACACACACUUGCACUAUCUACUUCGUGGAGUGGUCAAUCAGUGGACAUUGGUAAUUAUCUGUAUAGAUUAUACUGCAUACUAUUACCAGAACCACUGCUUCUACUGUUCUAAUACCAUCAAGACAAUUUCUCUGUUUGUUCAGAGCAAUGUAGGUCCACUCUCGUCAAAUAGCCCUCAAGUGUGUCGGGGCUAGCAGUGAUUACUAAUGCAUGGUCCUACUAUAGUCCAGGCUCAGGUUGACUUGCUGUGACAGGAGCUGUCUGUCCCCCUCACUGAUUAAAUGAGGAACAGUGACCCAGACUGAGCAGACAUGUCUAACGUGUGAUAACGGGACAAUAGGGACGAUAGUGAUUAAUCAUCCUGCAGCAAGGACCAGUGUGACCUGAAUGAGAGGACGAGAAGGGCUGAAACUCCUGCAGUCCACUCAACUUUAUACUACAAUGUGCUGUGCUAUAGGUUCAGGUGUGCGUGUGUGCGUGCAUGCAGGUGUGGGUGUAUGUGUGUGUGUGAGUGUGUUAAUAGUUCAUUUAUCACUGUUGUGCGUUGUCUGUAGGUGUUUGGGCAUGGCAAGGCCAACGGGGAGCCUACCUGGGCCCUGCUCCUCACAGCCAGUAUCUGUGAGAUCGGCAUCAUCAUCGCCUCUCUGGACGCUGUUGCCCCCAUCCUCUCCAUGUAAGACAACUACACAUCUAAUAUACAGUUGAAGUCGGAAGUUUACAUACACCUUAGCCAAAUACAUUUAAACUCAGUUUUUCACAAUUCCUGACAUUUUAUCCUAGUAAAAACUCCCCGUCUUAGGUCAGUUGGGAUCCCCACUUUAUUUUAAGAAUGUGAAAUGUCAGAAUAAUAGUAGAGAUAAUGAUUUAUUUCAGCUUUUAUUUCUUUCAUCGCAUUCCCAGUGGGUCAGAAGUUUACAUACACUCAAUUAGUUUUUGGUAGCAUUGCCUUUAAAUGGUUUAACUUGGGUCAAACGUUUCGAGUAGCCUUCCACAAGCUUCCCACAAUAAGUUGGGUGAAUUUUGGCCCAUUCCUCCUGAUAGAGCUGGUGUAACCGAGUCAGGUUGGUAGGCCUCCUUGCUCGCACACGCUUUUUCAGUUCUGCCCACAAAUGUUCUAUAGGAUUGAGGUCAGGGCUUUGUGAUGGCCACUCCAAUACCUUGACUUUGUUGUCCUUAAGCCAUUUUGCCACAACUUUGGAAGUAUGCUUGGGGUCAUUGUCCAUUUGGAAGACCCAUUUGCGACCAAGCUUUAACUUCCUGACUGAUGUCUUGAGAUGUUGCUUCAAUAUAUCCACAUAAUUUUCCUUCCUCAUGAUGCCAUCUAUUUUGUGAAGUACACUAGUCCCUCCUGCAGCAAAGCACCCCCACAGCAUGAUGCUGCCACCCCCGUGCUUCACGGUUGGGAUGGUGUUCUUUGGCUUACAAGCCACCCACUUUUUCCUCCAAACAUAACGAUGGUCAUUAUGGCCAAACAGUUCUAUUUCUGUUUCAUCAGACCAGAGGACAUUUCUCAAAAAAGCGCAAUCUUUGUCCCCAUGUGCAGUUGCAAACCGUAGUCUGGCUUUUUUAUGGCGGUUUUGGAGCAGUGGCUUCUUCCUUGCUGAGCGUCCUUUCAGGUUAUGCCGAUAUAGGACUUGUUUUACUGUAGAUAUAGAUACUUUUGAACCUGUUUCCUCCAGCAUCUUCACAAGGUCCUUUGCUGUUGUUCUGGGAGUACGUUAAUCUCUAGGAGACAGAAUGCGUCUCCUUCCUGAGCGGUAUGACGGCUGCGUGGUCCCAUGGUGUUGAUCCUUGCAUACUAUUGUUUGUACAGAUGAACGUGGUACCUUCAGGUGUUUGGAAAUUGCUCCCAAGGAUAAAACAGACUUGUGGAGGUCUACAAUUAUUUUUCUGAAGUCUUGGCUGAUUUCUUUUGAUUUUCCCAUGAUGUCAAGCAAAGAGGUAGGCCUUGAAAUACAUCCACAGGUACACCUCCAAUGGACUCAAAUGAUGUCAAUUAGCCUAUCAGAAGCUUCUAAAGCCAUGACAUAAUUUUCUGUAAUUUUCCAAGCUGUUUAAAGGCACAGUCAACUUAGUGUAUGUAAACUUCUGACCCACUGGAAUUGUGAUACAGUGAAUUAUAAAUUAAAUAAUCUGUCUGUAAACAAUUGAUGGAAAAAUUACUUGUCAUGCACAAAGUAGAUGUCCUAACCAACUUGCCAAAACUAUAGUUUGUUAACAAGAAAUGUGUGGAGUGGAUGAAAAAUGAGUUUUAAUGACUCCAACCUAAGUGUAUGUAAACUUCGGACUUCAACUGUAUACUCUGCUUCCCCUGAACACACUAUGGAGAUGGUUAUGUCUUGGUAGCAAGUAUAGGUUGUUCUGAGUUCUUCUUUCUCUCUCUGUGUAGGUUCUUCUUGAUGUGCUACAUGUUUGUCAACCUGGCCUGUGCCCUGCAGACUCUGCUGAGAACCCCCAACUGGAGGCCUCGCUUCAAGUUCUACCACUGGUGAGUUAAUGUCACGCUCGUCGAUGAGAGAGGACCAAGGCGCAGCGUUACGAGCGAACAUAUUUAUUAUUUAAACGUACACACGAACAAAACAACGAAAACGUGACGUCUAUGGUACAACAUGAAACCACACGAACAAAAUCCCACAAACACAAGGUGAACACAGACAGUUUAAAUAUGGCUCCCAAUCAGAGAUAACGAGCCGACAGCUGACACUCGUUACCUCCGAUUGGGAGUCAUUGACCAAAUAAGGGAAACACAAAACCAAUGACCACCCAACCAAACAAAACCCAACCAAAACGAACACACCCUGGCUCAAAAUACAAAGUCCCGGAGCCAGAGCGUGACAGUACCCCCCCCUAAAGGCGCGGACUGCGACCGCGCCUCAAAACCCCAAAUAGGGGAGGGCUGGGUGGGUGUUGCUCCUCGGAGGCGGCUCCGGCUCCGGGCUUGACCACCACCCUACUUCAAUCCCCGCAUAACGGCCCCGAUCCGAUCUGACCCAGCUGGCUGGAUCAGGACUGACGACGCGCACCCCUGGCUUAGCGCGUGAGGCAGGAACGGACCGGACCUGGCUGACGAUACGCACCCUAGGCUUGGUGCGUGGAGCCGGAACGGACCUCACCAGGCUGACGACUCGCAUCCCUGGCUUGGUGCGAGUAGCAGGAAUGGGCUGGACCGGGCUGACGACUCGCACCCUUGGCUUGGUGCGAGUAGCAGGAACGGGCUGAACCAGGCUGACGACUCGCACCCUUGGCUUGGUGCGAGUAGCAGGAACGGGCUGAACCAGGCUGACGACUCGCACCCUUGGCUUGGUGCGAGUAGCAGGAACGGGCUGGACCAGGCCGACGACUCGCAUCCCUGGUUUGGUGCGAGUAGCAGGAACGGGUUGAACCAGGCUGGCGACUCGCACCCCUGGUUUGGUGCGAGUGGCAGGAACAGGCCGAGCUGGGCUGGCGACGCACCCCGUAGGCUUUGUGCGUGGAGCAGGAACAGGCCGAGCUGGGCUGGCGACGCGCACCACAGACUCGGUGCGGAGCGCAGGAACGUGCCGGGCUGGGCUGGCGACGCGCACCACAGACUCGGUGCGGAGCGCAGGAACGGACCGGGCUGGGCUGUCGACGCACACCGUAGGUUUGGUGCGGGGAGCAGGAAUAGACCGGACCGUACUGGGGACACACACCACUGGCUCUACACCGGGAUCUGGAACGGCCCGGACCGGACUGGCAACACACGCCAGUACCUCUCGCCGUGCCUCUACACCUACCAUCCCCUCUUCUACCAGUGGCCCCCGUAACCUGGCGGCCUCCUCUGCAACCCCGCUGGACCGCUCCAUAGCGGCCUCCUGCUGCCCCGACGUCGUGAGCCCCCCCCUAAAAAUUUUCUGGGGGUCUCUCCAGGCCUCCAACAUUCUCUCCCAUCUCUCGCUCCUCUGUCUCCAACCCUCUUCACUUAGCUCCUCCAUGGGCUUGACCCAAUCGAAGCUGCCACGGAGAUCUAUUAGCGAUGGCUCUUGGACACGCUGCUUGGUCUGGUCUUGGUGGGAUUUUCUGUCACGCUCGUCGAUGAGAGAGGACCAAGGCGCAGCGUUACGAGCGAACAUAUUUAUUAUUUAAACGUACACACGAACAAAACAACGAAAACGUGACGUCUAUGGUACAACAUGAAACCACACGAACAAAAUCCCACAAACACAAGGUGAACACAGACAGUUUAAAUAUGGCUCCCAAUCAGAGAUAACGAGCCGACAGCUGACACUCGUUACCUCCGAUUGGGAGUCAUUGACCAAAUAAGGGAAACACAAAACCAAUGACCACCCAACCAAACAAAACCCAACCAAAACGAACACACCCUGGCUCAAAAUACAAAGUCCCGGAGCCAGAGCGUGACAGUUAAACAACUCAACAUAGAAGACAUAGCUCUCAAUCUUAGCCAUGGGAUCAUCGCCAAAGAGCGCCGCUUAGCUAAUAUUUUCAGGUGUGAAACAGUCUACUAUAGCAUUUGUGUUUUGCACUGGAUAACAGGCCAGACCAAGUAGGUUCCUGUUAGGAAGCUGUUAUUUACCUGAGUAGUCUGCCAGAGACACUGUGGGAAUCUGGAGCCUGUCUUAGUCUAUAAUGAUCCUCUAUUGGCUCGAACGCAACAACAGCAGACAGAGAGACAAGAUAUCCUGUCUCCAAUCUGUGACCAUUAUUAUAAAUCCUUGAGUGGUGUGACUGUCGCAGCAACAAGCAACAGACUGAGGAUUUAACUUCCUGUCCCUCUCCCCCACAGGGCUCUCUCCUUCCUGGGCAUGAGCUUGUGUCUGUCACUCAUGUUCAUCUGUUCCUGGUACUACGCCAUUGUUGCCAUGGUGAUCGCUACCUGCAUCUACAAAUACAUUGAGUUCGCUGGGUGAGUGAGCUUCCAACCUUGGACUACAAAGCAGAAAAAAUAAUAUAUAUAUACACACACUACCAGUCAAAAGUUUGGACACACCUACUCAUUCAAGGGUUUUUCUUUAUUUUUACAAUUUUUUAUAUUGUAGAAUAAUAGUGAAGACAUCAAAACUAUGAAAUAACACAUGGAAUCAUGUAGUAACCAAAAAAGUGUUAAACAAAUCAAAAUAUAUUUUAUAUUUGAGAUUCUUCAAAUAGCCACCCUUUGCCUUGAUGACAGCUUUGCACACUCUUGGCAUUCUCUCAACCACCUUCAUGAGGUAGUCACCUGGAAUGCAUUUCAAUUAACAGGUGUGCCUUCUUAAAAGAUAAUUAUUGGAAUUUAUUUCCUUCUUAAUGCGUUUGAGCCAAUCAGUUGUGUUGUGACAAGGUAGCGGUGUUAUACAGAAGAUAGCCCUAUUUGGUAAAAGACCAAGUACAUAUUAUGGCAAGAACAGCUCAAAUAAGCAAAGAGAAACGACAGUCCAUCAUUACUGUAAGACAUGAAGGUCAAUACGGAACAUUUCAAGAACUUUGAAAGUUUCUUCAAGUGCAGUCGCAAAAACCAUCAAGCGCUAUGAUGAAACUGUCUCUCAUGAGGACCACCACAGGAAUGGAAGACCCAGAGUUACCUCUGCUGCCAAGGAUAAGUUCAUUAGAGUUACCAGCCUCAGAAAUUGCAGCCCAAAUAAAUGCUUCACAGAGUUCAAGUCACAGACACAUCUCAACAUCAACUGUUCAGAAGGAACUGUGUGAAUCAGGCCUUCAUGGUCGAAUUGCUAAAAAGAAACCACUACUAAAGGACACCUAUAAGAAGAAGAGACCUGCUUGGGCAAAGAAACACGAGCAAUGCACAUUAGACUGGUGGAAAGUUGUCCUUUGGUCUGGAGUCUAAAUUGGAGAUUUGUGGUUCCAACCGCCGUGGCUUUUCUUUUUGUAGGGGGUAGAUCAGCUUUAAUAUUGCAGAUAGAUUGUAACUUCCAUCAAUGUAAUUGUCUGCAUCACUUCCAGUGUGACUUGAAUGAGAGGACGAGAGGGGAUGAGACGCGGUGUGUUUGAACGGAUGAUCUCUGCAUGUGUAUUUUGUUGAAGUCAGCUCCGUAAAGGACACCUAUAAGAAGAAGAGACCUGCUUGGGCCAAGAAACACGAGCAAUGGACAUUAGACUGGUGGAAAGUUGUCCUUUGGUCUGGAGUCGGCUAGUUCCCACCGUAAAGCAUGAAGGAGGAGGUGUUAUGGUGUGGGGGUGCCAGCAUGGCUACCACAGCAUUCUGCAGCGAUAUGCCAUCCCAUCUGGUUUGGGCUUAGUGGGACUAUCAUUUGUUUUUCAACAGGACAAUGACCCAACACACCUCCAGGCUGUGUAAGGGCUAUUUUACCAAGAAGGAGAGUGAUUGAGUGCUGCAUCAGAUGACCUCUCCUCCACAAUCCCCCGACCUAAACCCAAUUGAGAUGGUUUGGGAUGAGUCUGACGGCAGAGUGAAGGAAAAGCAACCAACAAGUGCUAAGCAUAUGUGGGAACUCCUUCAAGACUGUUGGAAAAGCAUUCCAGGUGAAGCUGGUUGAGAGAAUGCCAAGAGUGUUCAAUGCUGUCAUCAAGGCAAAGGGUGGCUAUUUGAAGAAUCUCAGAUAUAAAAUAUAUUUUGAUUUGUUUAACACUUUUUUGGUUUCUAAAUGAUUCCAUGUGUUAUUUCAUAGUUUUGAUGUCUUCACUAUUAUUCUACAAUGUAGAAAAUAGUAAAAAAUAAAGAAAAACCCUUGAAUGAGUAGGUGUGUCCAAACUUUUGACUGGUACUGUAUAUGCCUUCAAAUUGGGGGGUUUCCCAGAGCCAAGACCCAUGACAGACUUGGCUGAGUCUAGAGAGAAAUGCGGUCUUUCUCUGUUUUCUUUGCAAUUUAUCCUGAUUCUGUUGGCAGAGGGUUAUCAAGUUGUAUUAGCUUAGGGACACUGAUUCAUGUGGCUGCUUUGAGAAAAACACAGGGAGUAUACAUUAAUGUACCAGCACUCUUGUUAUUCUCACACAUGAGCUAUCAAAAAAUAUAUGUUAAUGAAAUGUAAAUCAAACUGGAGAUUUUCAAAUACAAUGGUUAAACACUGUUGGGAUGUUCUCAUGUUCACACUCACAGGCUAUUAAACACACAUACUAAGCAUCAGUGAACAUUUCAGUUCAUUGAUGGUUAAUUGGCUCGAACUCUCUGCUCGGUGGUGUGUGACAGGGCGGAGAAGGAGUGGGGAGAUGGUAUACGUGGCAUCUCACUCAGCGCUGCUCGCUUCGCCCUCAUGAGACUGGAGGAGGGACCGCCUCACACCAAGAACUGGAGGUCAGUGAGUCACAGAGAGGGGUACUCACAACUACAAGAUACACUGAUAUUAUUAUGCAAGCUUUAGUCAUCAUCUGUAUCAUACUGAACUCAAGGGAAAUGUAUUGAUUAUAUUGAAAUUUGAUAUCAUGAAAUGUAAAAACAGACAUUACAUCAACAGGCCAUGUCUAUAGUAUUUCUGCCCGGUUUCCAGCUUUAGUCUCUCUGUAAAUCUGAAUGUGACUGAUUGUUGAUAUUCUUGCUUGUUAGGCCUCAGAUUAUGGUUCUGGUGAGUGUGGAUUCAGAACAGAAUGUGGAGCAGCCCCGUCUGCUGUCCCUGACCAAUCAGCUGAAAGCAGGAAAAGGCCUAACCAUCGUGGGUACCUCAGUGGUGGGCACCUUCCUCAACAACCAUGCAGAGGCCCAGAAGGCAGACCAGGUCAGUACUGUCUGAGACACACACACACACACACACACACACACACACACACACACACAAACACACUGAUGAAUAAUUGAUGAAUCAUUUAUAACACCCUGGUCUCUGCCCAUGCCCUUCUCCCACUGUGUGCUCCAGUCUCUGAGGAAGCUGAUGGAGACAGAGAAGGUGAAGGGUUUCUCCCAGGUGGUGAUCUCCUCCAACCUGAGGGAUGGAACCUCCCACCUGAUCCAGGUCGGGGGGCUGGGAGGCCUGAAGCACAACACUGUGCUGGUCAGCUGGCCACGCACCUGGAAACAGGCAGAGGACAACCUGCGCUUCAGGAACUUCAUCGGUGAGUUACAGAGGUGGUCAGAGGGGAGGUUUUUCAUUAUGCUAAGUAUGCUUUGGGAAGGCUUUUGGGUGCUAUCCUCAUUAUAUGCUAACUAAUGUUCAACACCUCUGCAGAGGUGGUUAGGGAGACGACUGCAGCCAGCAUGGCUCUGUUGGUCCCUAAGAACAUCGCUGCCUACCCGUCAAACGGAGAGCGCUUCACUGAAGGCCACAUUGAUGUGUGGUGGAUCGUCCAUGAUGGAGGCAUGCUGAUGCUGCUGCCCUUCCUUCUCCGCCAGCACAAGGUGGGAUCCCACUUUGGGAUUUGGAGAGAUAACACGUUUUUCAGUGUUUGUUAUUGAGCGAUCAGCCAUAGACUUCCUUGCUUUGACAGGUUUGGAGGAAGUGUAAGAUGCGUAUCUUCACCGUGGCCCAAAUGGACGACAACAGCAUCCAGAUGAAGAAAGACCUGAUCACCUUCCUGUAUCACCUGCGUAUCGAUGCCGAGGUCGAGGUGGUGGAAAUGGUGAGACAAAAACGUUUGAUUUUUUAAAACUGAUAUGCUCCAUAAGGUGAUUUGUUGGUGAGAGCAAUGGCAGUUCAGUCAAAUAAUGUGCAAUGAUAUGUUUUAACACCCAUUUGCCUUUUUAGCAUGACAGUGACAUCUCAGCCUAUACAUAUGAGAAGACCCUGGUGAUGGAGCAGCGCUCCCAGAUCCUCAAACAGAUGCACCUCACCAAAAACGAGAUGGAGAGAGAGGUAAGCCCUGACACAUCCCACCUCUAAUGUAUAAUUCAUACAUAGGUAACUGACUAGGAUUUCAUAUUACCAGUGUGGUUGUUAGCGAUCACUAAACAAAGCCAUAGUGGCCAAAAGGAAGCUCCUAUGGUUUAUCUAAUACCUUUUAGUACCACUUGUGUUGAAUAAAACAAUGCCCUUAUAGAAAAUCUGAAGGUUUUUUAGCUCACCUCUACCUUGUUAUUUGAAUUCAACCAGCCAUCAUCACUCACUGAAUUUGAAAUGCCAGCAACAGGGCAAGGCAGCAGGGGAAUUAUUAUAAUUACUGAGCUAGGUUUAAAAUGUAAUCUGUGUGUCUGCACUUGCACGGUCUGAUCUGUCUCAUUAAUCAAGAAAGCAGACUGAACAAUAAUAACAUCAGAUAAGAUCAAGCAUGAGGACUUACAGAAAAACCUGUGUGAUCUUACAAUGACGUUUCCACUUCACAAACAAGUAUUCAUUCUAUAAUGUCAUGCUUUUCAAAAAUUUACUGAAAGACACACGCUACAGAUUUGUCAACAUAUGCAUCUAAUCUGGCUUUGCAUUGAGCUAUCCACCCCUCAGAUAUAAUCUGUCAAGUAUUGACACAUUGCUUCUCUAUGAUUUUCGGAAGUGUUGUACCAAUCAUUUACAUCUCUGGACUCAAAGUCUAAUGUUUGAGCUCGUGGUCUCUCUUUAAAACCCUUGCUGCUUUGAUUUCCACAGAUCCAGAGCAUCACUGAUUCAUCCCGUGGUUCUAUCCGUCGUAAGAACCCGUCUAACCUGCAGUCUCAGCAGAGCAGUGAGGAGCCGGCAGGAGUCAGCAUGGAAGAGAAACCAGAGGAAGAGGUACAGAAGUGUCCUCAUACCUAACUCUCUGAUCAACCUUUGUACUAUGUGUAAAGGAUGUCACUCUGCUUGCUUAGCGAGCACCGAUUCUUCCUGAUUCGGCUCACACCUAGGCUCCAACCCAGGACCUGUGCCUUGCUUACACACGAGACCGCCCUCCUAAAGUAUCUUACCAGUGAGCGCCAUGCGAAAAGCUAGCUCUUCGCUGGCGCAAGUGAGGACACUUCAGGCUGAGGAGUGAGUUUCACACAUCCCCAUGUGCUACAUUCACCCCUAAAACUUACUCAAUAGCAACCCCAGUGUUGAGCUGAGCACAACUGUAGAUCCGAGUCCCUAGGCACCACUGUAAAGGACAUCACGCUGCUUGCUUAGAGAGUACCACUUCCUCCUGAUUUGGCUCACACCGAGCCUCAAACCCAGGACCUGUGCCUUGCUAGCACACGUGACCGUCCUCCUAAAGCGUCUUACCAGUCAGCGCCACGCAAAACGCUAGCUAUUCGCUGGCGCAAGUGGGGACACUUCAGGCUGAGGAGUACGUUUCACACAUCCCCAUGAGCUAAAUGUGCACUACUCUAUCUGUCUUUCAUUCUGCUGUGUUUAAAUGUUCCUAUUAUUUCUCACCUUCUCUCUCAUCCACUGCAUUUUUCUUUGUUCGAUGUCUGUCAUCUCUAGGCCUACUGCAUUACCUCAUCCUCUAUCAAAAUGCCAAUUCUCUCACUUUGACAUUGUCCUCUGGCGUGUAGCAUUUUCAGGGGACCUUUUCCUCUACAGCAUAAAGAAGGGAUAUGACAGAACAGCAUCUUACCUAGUUGCUUUGCUACAGUGCCCCAAUUGUGCUUUCAAUUCACCGUCCAGUGGUGGUCUGGUCUUUUUAUUGCGUCACCCCAACUGACAGGUGUCUCUUUCUUUUCUUCACCCUGUCACGUUAUCGUGUGGUGUCCCUCUCUUAGUCUGUGGCUGUCUCCCGCCCUAAACAGGUGCAGCUGAUCCACAAUAAGAAUGCUACCCCCACGUCCCCCACUACACCCGCAGGGAGCGCUGCCACCCCCGGGUCGGAGGUGCAGAUGACCUGGACAGACAAGGCUGAGACCCAGGCCACAGCAUGUCAUCCAGAGCAGGGUGGGGUCAAAGACAUCUUCAACAUGAAGCCGUGAGUCUGCUGUCACUUUCACUUUCAAUCACCUGUCCAAAGGCUUGUGUGGACUUCCGCUACGCUCUUAGAAAAAAAGGUGCUAUCUAGAACCUUAAAAAGGUUAUUCGGCUGUCCCCAGAGGAGAACCCUUUGAAGAACCCCUUUUGGUUUCAGGUAGAACGCUUUUGGCUCCAUGUAGAACCAUUUUGGGUUCAAUGUAGAACCCUUUCCACAGAGGGUUCUACAGAGGGUUCUAAAAGGGUUCUACCUGGAACCAAAGAGAGUUCUCCUUUGGGGACAGCCGAAGAACCCUUUUGGAACCCUUUUUUCUAAGAGUGUACUUCUAAAGUAAAUAGAAAAUAAGGACAAAGUAUUUAUAGGUUGUUACUGUUGGGGGGUGGCUGUGGUUUAUAAGCUAGUUUCAGGGGUAAUACCACAAAGGUUUGAAAGGCUUUGAGUGUCAUCCGCACAACACAACUUCUCAAUGUAAGUCCAGUAUUGUAAAGAGUCAUCUCUGCAUUGUCAUUCUCUUCCUACCAUGCUGCAGGGAGUGGGAGAGCCUGUAAGUAUUAUAUUGUCAUGAUGUUUCAAUGUUUUCCAUGCAUGUUGUGAAAUAGCAGUAAUGAUGCAACAUGCAUCCUGUACUGUACUCCUGUCUGUCCCUUCAGGAACCAGUCCAACGUGAGGCGCAUGCACACAGCACUGAGGCUCAAUGAGGUCAUCAUGAAGAAGUCCAAGGAGGCCAAGCUGGUGCUGCUUAACAUGCCUGGACCACCCAAGAACUGCAUGGGAGAGGAAAACUGUAUCCUAUCACAUCUUUGGCAUGAUAUGUUAUAUUAUAGACUUCUUUAUUAUAUAACUUAAUAUUAUAACAAUACAUAGCUUCUGUCAUAAAUGUAAGUGAAACCAAAGGGCUCAACAGGAUAGAUAGCAUGAAUAGGCUACAAAAGCCAGUUGUGAAAACUUGCUUAUUCCUUAACUCUAAUCCUCUCUCAGAUAUGGAGUUCCUGGAGGUCCUCACCGAGGGUCUCAACCGGGUCCUCCUAGUACGUGGUGGUGGACGCGAGGUCAUCACCAUCUACUCCUGA